AUGGCCAAAUUCACCAUUGCCUUUUCUGCGCUUCUUCUUGCGUGCUUUGCCCUGUUCGAGCUGGGAUCUGCCGAACAUAUUCCUCAAACAGCGCCGGGCUACGACAGCUCCCUCGAGCUAUGUAUCAAGAACAUGACCGAAGAAUGCGGGAUAGAGAUCUUUCGGAACAUCUUUCACAAGGGCCCUGAGAUCACCGACUCUUGCUGCGGUGUCCUGCUGAAGUUCGGUCAUCCUUGUCACUCCGAGCUCAUUCUGACUCUGCUCAGCACCGGUAAGUUUGCGUCGCGCGAAUUGGAGAUCUUGCAGAAAAGCAAGGCCGCAUGGAAGCGUUGCCGUUCGAUCGUCGAAGGACACUGA